AUGUUCAAAAAGUUUGACGAAAAGGAGGACAUUUCCUGUACAAAUAAUGCUAAGAACUCCAUCGUGAAAUCUUUACGCACUCGACUGACUGAAGGUUAUGGCAUUGAUAGUAAAAUGGUUGAUCAGAUUUUACCCAAGAAAGAUGUUGUAAAACACAUUAAGUGUCAUGAACAUGUCGACUUGUAUUCAGAUUCUGACGGUGAAGUCAUGUUUUUCCGACAACGUGAGGGUCCGUUUAUUCCAUCGCUGAGAUUGCUUCACAAAUAUCCUUUCAUCCUACCUCAUUUACAAGUUGACAGAGGUGCUAUCAAGCAUGUUUUAAAUGGGUCAAAUAUUAUGUGUCGUGGUUUGACAUCACCCGGUGCUCGGAUGACAGAAGUUCCUAAGGAGUCAGUUGUUGCUGUAAUGGCAGAAGGUAAAAAAAAUGCACUCGCAGUUGGUAUUACUAUGUUAUCUACUGAUGAGAUCUUGUCAACCAACAAUGGCAUUGGGGUCAAAAAUGUACAUUAUUUGAAUGAUGGAUUAUGGCGUCUCAAAGGCCUUCACUGUCGAAAAUACAAAGGCAAAACAUGCGUUUUUAUAACACUGUGUUUCUUUGCAGCAUUCCUAUAUUUCACUAAACAUUAUAUCGUCAGUGAUGCAAUAAUAAGGAUAUCCGAUUGGAAGUGGGGUCCAGCUGGUAGUCAGAAUUGUCCAGUAUUUGAUCACUCUAAAGAAGACCCUACUAUUAAUCGUAUGGCAGUUUUAGUACCGUUUAGAGACCGUUUCACUGAAUUGCAAGAAUUCAUACCUCAUUUAAACAACUUCCUCAAUAAUCAAAACGUUCGUCAUACAUUUUUUAUCAUUAAUCAAGUGGAUGAUCUUCGGUUUAAUAGAGGAGCUUUGUUAAAUGUAGGAGCACUUGAGUCACUUGAAGCUGAAGUUAAUGGAAUUAUUGUUGAAAGUGUUACUCAAAAAAAUUCAUUGUAUCAGUUAUCUUCACAAUGUUUAAAACUUCCUUUUACAAAAUAUUUGGCUUUACAUGAUGUUGACUUACUACCUGAAGAUCCUGCAUUAAAAUAUAAUAUGCCAUCGGAAUUAGGACCGAUUCAUCUUAUUCCAUUUUAUCUUCAUCCGCGUUAUUAUUAUUUUAAAGAAUAUGCCGGUGGUGUUUUAAUCAUUAAAAGAACUCAAUACAGCUUAGUUGGUGGUAUGUCAAACUCAUUUUGGGGAUGGGGACGAGAGGAUGAUGAAUUUCAGAUACGUUUAAAAUCGAAAGGAUUUAAGAUUGUAACGCCAAUUAAUGUUACCAUGGGGCUGAAAGCUUUCCGUCAUAUUCAUCAAGAAGAUCAACAUAAACGAGACGUUAAGACCUACUAUAAUCCUGAUGUUAUGAACUUGAUUCGCAAUCCGAUCGGAGGUUUGACUUCAGUAAAUUAUACUGUUAUAAAAAGACGUCUAAUAACAAUCAGCAGUAUUCCAGCUAUUGUAAUCAAUGUUAAACUAUAUUGUGAUUCAAUGAAUUGCAAAUUAAAAUCAUGACAUAGUAUUACAGACAAGUCACCUAAAUGACCUUGAACACACUUUUCCAUUGUGCAACCACAGCGUGACAUAUUCUGCUGGCUAACAAAUACACUACUACUCAUACAUGCCUCGUUCUAUCUUCGUUUGUGAUUGAGUUAACUGAAGUCUAAAUCAAAUA